GCGGGGGUCACAGACGCUCCAGUCUCCUCUGUCUCUCAGUGCACCUUAGGCGUUCAUUUGUUGGCAAAGAAAAAUCUGGGCAAUUCCAGCCAGAAUCUUAAUUGCUUUAAUUUGGGAGCAAGCAGGAGAUUGAGAGCCGGUGACUCACCGUGUGCGGUGACGCCGCGGGGCAGCGGGUCCCCUGAGCGCGAGCCCGCAGAGUCGGCGGGAGGAUGAGCGGCACCAGCGCCCGGGCGGGCCACCGUGCUCAGCCGGUGGUCAAGAGCGUGCUGGUGUAUCGCAACGGGGACCCCUUCUUCGCAGGGCGCCGCGUCGUCAUCCACGAGAAGAAGAUGUCCACCUUCGACGUCUUCCUGAAGGAGGUCACGGGUGGCGUCCAGGCACCCUUUGGGGCCGUCAGGAACCUCUACACCCCGCGGGCCGGGCACCGCAUCCGAAAACUAGACCAGAUCCAGAGCGGAGGCAACUACGUGGCUGGGGGCCAAGAAGCCUUCAAAAAACUCAAUUACUUGGACAUAGGAGAAAUCAAGAAAAGACCAAUGGAAGUUGCUAACACAGAGGUAAAACCAGUAAUUCACAGCAAGAUCAAUGUAUCAGCUCGAUUUAGAAAACCGCUUCAGGAACCCUGCACUAUCUUCUUGAUUGCAAAUGGAGACCUCAUAAGCCCCGCUGCUCGCCUCCUCAUCCCCAGAAAAGCCUUGAAUCAGUGGGAUCAUGUGCUACAAAUGGUCACAGAAAAAAUAACCCUGAGGAGUGGGGCUGUCCACAGACUUUAUACUUUAGAAGGAAAGCUGGUUGAGAAUGGGGCCAAGUUGGAGAAUGGGCAGUUUUAUGUGGCUGUCGGCAGAGAUAAGUUUAAGAAACUGCCUUACAGUGAAUUACUUUUUGACAAGUCAACAAUGAGAAGGUCUUAUGGUCAGAAAGCUUCUUCACUGCCUCCUAUUGUCGGAUCCAAAAAGUCUAAAGGGAGUGGAAAUGAUCGCCAAUCUAAGUCAACCGUCGGAUCCAGUGACAACUCAUCUCCUCAACCCCCAAAGAGGAAAGGGAAAAAAGAGGAUGUGAAUUUGGAAAGACCCACAAAAGGGAAACAAAAUAUUAAAUUAAAGAAUUCACCACAAACAAUUCCCAACAGUGAUGAAGGCAUUUUUAAAGCUGGAGCAGAGAGAUCUGAAACGCGGGGGGCAGCAGAAGUCCAAGAAGAUGAAGAUACUCGGGUUGAGAUUCCAGUGGAUCAGAGGCCAGCAGAAAUAGUAGAUGAGGAAGAAGGUGGAGAGAAAGAAAGCAAGGAUGCAGGAAAAAAAGAAGAGCUCAUAGGAAUGAAUGGUGAUGUUGAAGAGGAAGGAGAUGGGGAAGCUAUGGCUGCCUCCAAGCAAGCCGAGGAGAUCCCGGAUCCUGGGGAGGAACAGGCAGGUCCUGCUCGUGUUAAUGGAGUCACCGAUGAAGAAAAUGGCGAGGAACUGGAUCAGGUCAAUAAUGAGCUUCAGGAGGCAGUGGAUGAGGAAAUCAAGUCUCCAGGAGCUGGCAGUGGACAAGAGGAGGCUGACUUAGACCCUCAAAGACCACCAAGGCCAGAAGUAAAAAUCACUAGUCCGCAAGAAAACGGUGACAACCAACAAAGCAAGGACUAUGCUGUCGUAGCAUAGAUGAUUUUUAAAAGAGUAUAUUGGUUAUACGAAAAAUGAAGGGUCAUACUUGAAUAAGUAUAGUUAUUGCUAAACAUGUGACAAUAUGGUUGAAUACUACCUACUGAAUUUUAAAACGAGAGGCCUAAUGGAAAGACUAGAUAACUUUGAAUAGCUACUAAAGGAGAGUGACUUCUUUUUAUGGGAUGUGUUUUUAAAAGUCAUUUGGAAAAAUAAGAGGGAUAGAGGGGAAUUUACACUGGAAGACAACUGAGCAAUUGUUUUUGUAAAGGAUGAAAAAGAAUAGGAUUAUUCCUGUUGUACACUUGAUUAUAAAUUUAGAAGCAAGAUUAUUAGAUGGCAGGUUAUGCUAAAGCGCUUAUCUAAAAAGGCAUAGACUAUUAAAGAAAUGAUAAUAGGAAAGCAUGUACUAUAUUUUUUAAAGCAAUAAACUCUUGACUAAACAAAUUGCACUUUAGUUUCAGAGAUAAUUUGGAGAUGGCAAUGGAUUGAAAUGUUUCCAUGACUUAUUGACAUUCCUUCUUUUCUUCUUCCUUAGCCAAAAUCCACCUUAAAAGAAUUAAAAAGAAUGUAAGGUAUUCAUUUUGGAAGGAGGAAGUAUUCAUUCUGUGUGUUAGUGAUUAAUAUUGUAAUGUUCCUCUCUUAAGCGCUUCAGGUUUUAAUCCUUGUGAUUUUCAUGACACACACUCAGGAAGGAAUUUUAAAGGAAUAUCCAAUUAUAUUACUGAGCCUGGCUGGAUGGUUUUCAAAUUCUGGUAUCCUAUGGAUUUUCACUGAUCCAGUCUGCCUUUACCUAUAAUAUCCCUCCCUUGUCCCUUAUGUUAUUAUAUUAGGAAACCACAUUGGCUAUUCCAAAAACUGAAUUCUCUCCAAACAGUUUUUUUACAAAAAAAACAAAAACAACAACAACAAAAAAAACACCCCAAAAUCACGACAGCGUAAUAGAAAGGAAAAAGGUUUAUGAAGAGUUUGACACUGCUUACUUUCACUUGCUUUUUGCUUUAUUUCUAUUAGGACUGCCUUUGUCAUAUUUUGUUCCUAAGGAUAUCAGCAAAUAUUUGUUUUCAAUGUUUAGACUCUCAAGCAAAUUCCUUUCUAUAUAAUUAGAAGUCACAUGAUAGAAAUUGUUGAAAAAAAGUUUAAAAAUUGUCAAAAUGAAACCAGUUCCCAAUUACUAUUUUGUGGACUGAUUAACUCAAAAUUGCCUUGUUAGGUAUAUAUGGGGAAAAACAUAAUUAUAUUGGUUUUUUUGCAUUCUCAAGACAUUAUGCAGUUCUUCCUUAAGUAUCUGAAUAACAUAUUUUUCUUAUAUUAAAGGAUAUUUUUGUUAAUUAUGUAGAAAUUAUAAAUUUGAAAUUUAAACUUCUAGUGCUUUCAUAGAAUUCAUUAUUAAUAAUAAGUACAAAAGAUUUUUUUUCUCCAGGUUUUAUAACCAUUUGGAAUCAGAGUACUCAUAUAAAGCACUUAAUAAUACUAUAUAAAAUGGAUGUAUAUUUUCUAGCAGCUAUUUUAAUAUUUUCCACAAAUAGGAAGUAUAAGCAGAGACUAUAAUGUAACAGUAUUAGAAAGAGCUCAUGAUAUAAAGGUAUUUUAAUCUGGGAGGAUGAAUUAUAAAUGGAGUACUAUAUUUCUAGUAUGAAAUCUAGAUCAUGCUGUCUCCUAGUAGGCUGAUUUUUCAAGUGAGACAAUAUGAAAUACCAUAGACUACGCGCAACAAGCUUGCAUUGCUAGGGAAAUAAGACUAUCUGGUUUUGUAAUGUUAAAUUCUCACAUUAUUAUUGAGCCUGAGAUUAAUUGAUUUUAAAUCAUUUAUAAAAAUAAGAGAUUAAAUACAAGAAACUAUAACUAAUUAUCAAGGUGAUUCUCCUUUCUCUAAUGAGGAGUUUUUUUCUCUCUCUUUUCCUUCUUUAAUAAAGAUAUUCUGUCUCUCUUUUUUCUCCUGUUCCUUUCUUCAUCAUACUGGAAAGCUUUGGUUUUCAGGAACAUUUUAGGAGUCAUCUAAAUGAAGCACAAUGUUAUUUUACAUGAAAAACAAAGGUUCGGCAUUUUAAGUAUAUUUCAAGAUGGUGAUAGGCCACAGUAACUAGGAAAAAAUCGAAAACUAGCGGUGUGAUAUUUCUCUUGUAUAUGCAUGUACAUUUUACCACCUGUUGACAAGAUACAGUUGUGAUAUAACUUGAGGGGAUGAACAACAGCUAAUCACUUUUUUUAAAAAAAAGAAUGAAAUACUCAUAUAUUGUCUAACUACAAAAUAGAUCAUUCACAGAGAAGGAAAAUUGUGGACAUCAUUUUGGAGCUGACUUUCACAUAAAUGAUGAAAGUUAAUUCACUUCCCAAAUGUGGAAAUUUUCUUCAUGGGAACGGUGACCUCCAUGGCAGAGUAUCUCCACAAAUAAAGUGAGACUCACUGCCAGGUUUGAGACCAUUUAUGGGAGUGAGUGGAAGAGAUCUUGGUUAGGCUUCAGGUAUUGUUUUAUAAAGAGAGGAUGCUAUAAAAAAACUCAUGUAGCUCUUACAUGAUACCAAAUAGAAUGCUUUAAGAUGUUAGUUCUUUGUGAUAGAUUUCUUAGUUUUAAUUUUAUGGAACUCUUUUCUUAAACUUAAUUUGGUUUAUGAAAUUUGUAAACAAGUGGCUUAUUAAUUGAAUUGGAAUAUUAGGCGUUUUGCAGAGCAAAUAAAGAUUCUAGCUAAAGGCAUUUUCAUGCUAAGGAUGCUUUACUUGUCUUAGCUUCUGUUAAAUAGCUAAUGAGCAUUCAUGAAUUUCUAGUUAUAAAACACGAUACUAUGGCCAUAAGACAACUUUUUACUCACUAUUUUUUUUUCAAUGGCCACAGGUGACUUUUUAUUUAUUAGGGCAUUUUUAGUUAUAUUUGGGGGGAAUAUUAGAAUGCCAGACUCAUAGGACAAGUGCGAUACUCCAUGUCUCCUGUUUUAUUCUGAGAGUGUUAGUUCUGCUAUUAUCUAUAAAGACAGAACUAUCCUACAGAUAUGUAGCUUGGAGUCAGUCAGCUAUCUCUGUAGGCUCAUGAUUAUCAAGUCAUGCUAAAUGAAAUUAUUCAUACUAACUCUUCCAGCUUAUAGCUCACAAACCAACAUCCUCAAAAAUUUCACUAAAUAACCUGCCUUCUUCCCAAAGGAUAAAGUGAAUUCACCUAGCAAACAUGAAGCAUUUGUGUAUUUAUAAUUGUGGCCACAGAACAACAGGAAAGCUUCUUUAUCUUGUUAACUGACUUAUCUCUGUACUUUUGUUUAUUUAUUUUUUUUUUUGCUCAAUAAGGAGCAAAUGCAAACUUUUAAGAAAUAGAAUAGAUUAAUUGCUAAACAGAAAGCAUUACAUCUGAAUUAUUGCCAACCUGAACAGAAAUAGACUAUACACACAUGCACACAGAAAAUACUUACACAGACACACUCACACACUUUAAAAUAUUGAAAGGCCUCCUUAGGCACAGCGUUGUUAAUGGAAUAAGAUUCUGUUUAGAGAAGCAAUGCAUAAAAUCACAUGGAGAUGAAAUGUAAAGAAAAGACAUCAUGGUGCUUUAUGACUUGGUUCCCAAACACUUUAAGAGAUUUAAAAUUCUUCUCAAAAUAAGAAGGCUACCAGCAGUUUAAUGAAAAAUUUAUUAUAGGGAGGGGUGACUUCAGAUAGACAGGUAGGUAGGUAGGUAGGUAAAUAGAUAAUCUUGUUUUCCUGAAAUAAUUACAGCACAUAGUUCUUUAGUUCUUUGUCAUCAAUCUUAGGUAGAAUCAAUCUUAAGCAGAAUAUUUCAUACCAACAUAGGCUCUGUCAGAAGGUUGUUACUGCUUGUGAAUGUAUGAUUUACAUGAAUGAAUAGAGGACUCUUUUUGGUACCAAGCAAUGAGGUUCACUACAAACAGAAUAAAAGACUGACUUAUUAGUCCACUAGUUCAUCUAAUGUUCAAAUUCAGUGCAGAAGCUUUUUAGCUUUCUUGUGUGAAUGUGAUAUCCUGGAAUGGAACCACUUUUUUUCUUUUUUUUAAGAUUAGUCUGUCUGUCUAAGGUGAUGAGCACAUACAGUUCUUGUUAUUAAAUAAUUAUUUUUGUAAAUACUAUAUGAUUUUUGCUUUUCAGGAAAUAAUCUUGGUAUGUAGAUGGGUCUGAUUUUUGUUCUUACCACGUGAAAUUUGUGUAUUUCCUACCAUGAAGUUUAAGUGACUCAGAUGGAGAAUGAAAGUGUGUCCCCACAAGUACAGAUAAGGAAGAAAAAUUGUAUUUAUGAAGAGGCAUAACAUCCUGUAGGAUAUGGGGAAACAGGAAAGAAUUUUAAAAUGUCUGGAUAACCAUAAAGCAUUUAUAAAAUCAGGAGGUAACUAAUGGAGCGCCAUUGACUUAAGACAACAACAAUUUAGCUUUAAUCCAUGAAUGAGACCAAAUGAAUUCUGUAGUUUCAUGAGCUUAAACCACACAGUGUAAUUGAGUGUUUGAGCUGUUCUCACAAAUGUCAUGGCAUGUGGGAUGAGGGAAUGAGUGUAGUAAGUUUUAGAAAUUUGAAGAAAAUCUAUUCUGUUUUUUUUGCUUCAGUGUUUUUCUUAUGCCUUAAGUCUUUAAUGUGUACUACACUGAUAACGCGUGAUUAUCAAUAUUGUAAGUAAAGAUUAAGUUGAGCUCCUCACUUUUAUAUGAUUUAUGUUUAGAACCACUCUUUGUUCAGAAAAUUAUUUGUGGUUUGAUCAAAUUGUGAGCAUUUAGGUUUUUACUUCUGUAUUAGUGUUCACUCUAAAAUAUAAAAGUUUACUGUAUCUUACCAGUAAAUAGAUCUGUGUUUUUUAAUUCAAAU